AUGUGGGGAUGUGCCAGACUCCCAAACGGAGCAAUCAUUCGCUCUGCUUGGAUGGAGAAGACUUAUGACCAGGAGCACAUUUGCAUUUCACGCAAUGUCAAGUUUGUUGAGGGAGGCCAGACCCUUCUUGGGGAGGUUCAGUAUUUUGCACACAUUGCCGUAGACGAUGCAAAUGAGCUUUCUGGGUUGCGUUGGGAAGCUGUUGCUGUUAUAUGGCUUUAUUCAGAACUAGACCACAGUCUUCUCGGGCUUUCUGCUGGAACUAUGUGCACUUGCAAGUCGCUUGGUAAUGAUGCAACAUACGUGAUCUGCUUGAAGCAGAUUGUUGACGUGGUUGCGAUGAUACCACACAAGCCGACAUUGCUCUCAGGAGAAGAGGAGCUUCGCUUUUUUAUGGUUGAAACUCCAGGGAUGGACAUAGCUAAUUUUGCAGAGUACGAGGAUGAGGAUAAGCCUGAUAUAGAUACCAAUGAGGCUGAGUAG